AUGCCCAGCUGCACUGGUGAAGUGAUAACCCAGUGGAGAGCCUGGGUUCUGCAGGUUGCUUCUUUGGAGACUUUUCUUGGCAUCUGUCCUGGAGAUUAUCUCAAUCUACAACGGAUGUAUGACGCCUUGCCCGAGGACUGUAAGAACACUUUAACACGCCCAUUUUGUUAUUUAGUAUAAUUUAGUGUCCUUCCUGCUGUCCUGAUUGACCAAGAUAGGCAAUUUAACUUACAUCGUCCCAGUAAGGAAUCCCUGAAAGGCUGGAGAGAAUGCACACCCCUACGUGAUUACACAUUUAUGUGUGAGAGAUUAUAAGUUAAACAGAAAAAUACUUAUACAUUUCCCCUAUUCUCUCAUCAAAGUAAAAAGAAAAGUCUUAUGUUAUUCUUUAAAUAGUCAUUUGUCAAAUACAGUUAACACUUGCCAGAUAAAGACAUAACAGUGAAGUCACUGGUAUGAGCAACAUAGCUUAUAUUAGCGACGUAUGUUCAGUGGAACUUCGACAUCGUGAGGUCCACUCAUUGUAUAUUGCAAAAUGUAAACCAACCAUUAAUUCAUCAACUUGCUAGUAGUGGUAGAGGGUCAGAAUUAACCACCGUUGGUGGAUAGGUAAGGAUAGUUUAGGGAUAGUCUAAUUAAGUGCCUAGGCUUGCCUAGGCUUGCCCGUUAAGUAACUUGAGCCCGGUUUUCAGACCGUCUAUUAAAAGGAAAAUAGGAAUAAGAGAAGCGAUCACCUAGCAACGCGAGAAACGGCUUCCUAUAUCUUAUUUCGCGCUAAAACUCAGAUAUAUAAACAAAACGCAUACAGAAAGUGGAGCUGAAAACAAUAGAAGUGUGGUGGUGAUGGUGGUGGUGGUAUAUAGUUUCACUAUUUACGAAGCUGUGUUAAAAAAAGUUGAGUGUAGGGUCGAUGUGGGGUCGAUGUGGUCGUGGAAGGAAAACAUAUAUAAUAAAAUGAAGAGGAGGAGGGAAAAUAAUAAAAUUGAGGGAAAAUAUUUAAAUUGUUGUGGAGGGAAUAAAAAAUUGAGGGAGAAUAUUAAAAUUGUGGAGGAGGGAAUUCAAGAAUGAGGAGCGAAAAUAAUAAAAUUGUAGAGGAGGGAAUAAAAAAAAUUGAGGAAGGGAAACGUGGUAAAAAAAGAUAGCUUACUUUCUUUGACCAUUUUGAUAGAUUUCUUUCAAAUCGCAGUGUAUUUGACUCAUUUUGUUUUAACAUUAUCUCGUGUCUGAUUUUAUUGCUAGCAAUUAUUAGUCGCGUGUUUAAUCAAUUGAUCCUUGUUAAGUUAUUAAUUGUUGUAUAAUAAUACGUCAAGAUGCUCCGUUAGGGUUUUUCCUGUAGAGCUAAUUUGUAUUCAACUUUGGGCUUGUGAACUCGGAUAAUUACCUGACUAACGGUGCGAGAUAGAGCGGAGAAAACGGUUCUGUAAUAGUCAGACAAAAUUGAAAUAGUGUGUUUUCAGCUCCACUUUGUGUAUAUGUCCGUGUGUUUUGUUUAUAUAUCCGAGUUUUAGCGCUAAAUAAGAUGACCCAAACUAAAUUGAAAUAAAGACUUUUUAACUCCACUUUCUAUAUGUGUUUUGUUUAUAUAUCCGAGUUUUAGCGCUAAAUAAGAUAUAGGAAGCCGUUUCUCGCGUUGCUAAGUGAUCACUUCUCUUAUUCCUAUUUUCCUUUAAAUAGACGGUCUGAAAACCGGGCUCAAGUUACUUAACGGGCAAGCCUAGGCAAGCCUAGGCACUUAAUUAGUAUGGAGGAACGCAUUUUUCCCCCAGGUUAUAACAAUGGGCGACGUCAUAGACUAUCCCUAAACUAUCCUUACCUAUCCACCAACGGUGGUUAAUUCUGACCCUAUACCACUACUCUUGCUAACACGUUUUUUUUCUGUUCUGUGUUUAAACGUAGCGAAAAUCCUUCACUAUUACAACGUUAUGCAGAAUGCUGGUAAGUUAUUAUUUGAUUCUUCUUGGUUAUAAAUCGAUUGUGGUUGCGAGGCUCUGCGAUUUACGUAUUUCUACUUAUCAUGCAUUACCAAGCCCAAAAAGUAAAGGGGAAUAAAAUUAAAAGCAAGGAUAAAACUGGACUACGAUGUACUGCUAUUCCUUGCUCCAGAAACUAUAAGAGGAAUUUUUUGGGUCGUUUGGGUGGACAGGCUUAUGACUUGUCAAAGGUUGCCUUGAAUACCAUCGACCAAUCAUAAUUAACGCUCGUCCACUAAAGGGAUCCCACAAAUCACUGCACCCGAAAGCAAUAUCUCUAGAGUUUUUGAAAUGAGGAAAUUUAGCUAAAAUUGCCUUAAGCCUACGUGGUAAGACCGCAACAUAUACAAUUUUCUUGCAGAUAUAGCUGAAGUUGACAAAGCCUGUGCCACAAAUGUUCAUAUCACUUGCAGCAAGAAGUUUGUCGAAGCUGUGAAGAACGACAAACACAUCUGUUCUGAUGCAGUAGCUUGGAUGAGAUGCUACAAGGAGAAUAAUAAUUGCGAUGAAAAAUCUUUGAUUUACCGUUACACCCAGUAUGCCAGUCAGGUGGAACUAUUUUUAGAGCAAGAAUGCAGUCAAGCUGUCAAUGACUGA